AUGGUUGAUGUUCCUGGACCUCCGCUCAUAUCUCUGCUGCUGCUGUUGAGUGUGUCGGCUCUGCCUGCCGCCGCAUACACCCUGACCCCCGGCAGACUGCCCCAGGCCCAGCACAAAGUCCUGCAACUAGACUGGCCUAAGGAUUGUGGCAUGGCACACUACAAACCCAACAUGGCUGAACGGAUCGUCUCUGGCAACGAGGCCAGACCUCACUCCUGGCCAUGGCAGGUCUCCCUACAGGUUCGUCCCAGAGGCAGUAAGCACUACAUCCACGUCUGUGGCGGAACACUCAUCCACAAGAACUGGGUCCUCACCGCUGCCCACUGCUUCCAGAAGGGUAAAGCCGAGGAUGCUGGGAGUUGGAGGAUCGUCCUGGGGAAGCAUCGGCUGAAACGCUCCGAGACGCCCGAGAGGACUAUCCCGGUGAAGAGGAUCUACCGUCACGAGCACUUCCGUUACCCCACACACAGCGAGCUGGACUAUGACAUCGCCCUGGUCAAGGCUGCCACCGACAUUGUGCCCAACAACCAUAUACGCUACGCAUGCCUGCCGCGCAAACAGAUCAACCUGAAGCCUGGACAAUACUGCUGGGUGACCGGCUGGGGAGACACUCGGGGUGGGAAGGAGAACGUGUCUCUGGCUGAGGCUCUGAACCAGGCCCGUCUGCCCAUCAUCGACUUCAAGACCUGCCGUCAGAAGAAGUUCUGGGGAGACCGCGUCCGGGACUCCAUGAUCUGUGCCGGCUUCAGAGAUACAGAAGGACCACCUGCUGCCUGCCAGGGUGACUCAGGGGGUCCUCUGCUGUGUCAGCUGGGGCGUGACAGGUGGGAGGUGCACGGUGUGGUGAGCUUCGGCCCCAUCGGCUGCACUGUGGAGAACAAGCCCAGCGUGUUCACCCGCACCGCCAACUACAUCCCCUGGAUCGAGGCUACCCGCAUCAGAGACUUCUUCCUGCACUAG